UUUUAUUGUGACACUUACUUCCGGUUCUGCACUUCCAACAUGGCAAGCAGGAGAAGCUCGGAGAAAAGCCGUACCGGGACAGAUAAAUAUUCAGUAUUACUGCCCACUUACAAUGAAAGGGAGAACUUACCAUUAAUUGUGUGGCUUUUAGUGAAAUACUUCGGAGAAAGUGAGUGCAACUAUGAGAUCAUUAUAAUUGAUGAUGGAAGUCCUGAUGGGACACUGGAGAUGGCAGAUCAGUUGCAGAAGAUAUAUGGUUCAGAUAAAAUACUUCUUCGACCUAGAGCAAAGAAACUGGGAUUAGGGACAGCUUACAUUCAUGGAAUUCAGCACGCUACUGGGAAUUACAUCAUAAUUAUGGAUGCUGAUCUCUCCCACCAUCCAAAAUUCAUUCCAGAAUUUAUACGAAAGCAGAAAGAGGGAAAUUACGAUCUUGUUUCUGGGACUCGCUACAAAGGAGAUGGAGGGGUAUACGGUUGGGAUCUCCGAAGAAAACUCAUCAGUCGUGGUGCAAACUUUGUGACGCAGGUCCUGUUGAGGCCUGGGGCAUCAGAUUUAACGGGCAGCUUCAGGUUGUAUAAGAAGGAGGUCCUAGAGAGGCUGGUGGAGAAGUGUGUCUCGAAGGGCUAUGUAUUUCAAAUGGAGAUGAUUGUCAGAGCCCGACAACUGGGAUACACUAUUGGAGAGGUUCCAAUUUCAUUUGUGGAUCGUGUUUACGGUGAAUCCAAACUCGGAGGAAACGAAAUUGUCUCCUUUCUAAAAGGGCUGUUAACACUGUUUGCCACCACUUAAGGUUCAGUUCCAUUUCUAUUGUAACCUCUUAAGAAUGUUAAAGAAAUCUUUAAAGUUCUGUGUUGAAGAAGACUAUUGUUCUCAUGUACAGUAUAUUGUUCUGGUCUGCAAUCCCAUUAUGUGGAGGAGUUACAAAUUAAUUUGUUCAGCAUUAGCUGAAGAACUGUACUGAACCAAAUGGGAUCUGCACAGGAGCUGAAAUGCAGUUGGUUUUAGUUACAUGUUCCCCUGUUGAAAUGCAUAAAGCUGCACCUUUCCAAAA